UUUUACGUUUAUGCCAAUUACCGAUUACAAGAAUUUUGAUAUUUGUGGGGCCUAAAGAAUGUGUGUUAGAUUUGACAAGUAGAAGAUUCGGUUCCUUUGACGGAAUAUGACAUAUUGAUAAAAUAUCUUUUGUUUUAAAUGUCACGCAUUCUUUCUUUGAAAUAAACAAAAAUCUUUGGAUGAAGAUUUACGAAACGUAUGUUUCUGACAUAUCUACUAAUGUAAAUCUUCAAAUGAAGAUGUUGCUUUCCAUCUCAAAUUUUUAAAUUAAAGACACAUACUAUGGUAUUAACAAUGAUGAUAAUAAAUACAGAUGAGAAUAAAAAAUCCAUAUAAAUAUGUCGAAAGAAAAACUGAAUAAUUAUGAUAUAAUGAGUAACAGUAAAAUCGAACGUAUUUCGGAUUCUUUUAAAAAAAAGCAUGUAGAACUAUCUUACAUUGUACCACGUCCUGGAGGCUAUUUUCAUGAAUUGAAGCAAUCAGAGAUAGAUAGUCAAGAUAGUAAUAGUUUCAUUACCGAAGAUAAAACAUCUUCGCUGAAUACUAUGAUCCAUCAAUCGAAAUUAAUAAAAAGUAAUAAUACUCAUAUCGAUGACAUUCUGCAGACCAAUUUAAACUGUUCUAAAUUCUGCGCAUUGACAAAAAAUAAAAAAAAAUACGAUACGAUACAUAUGUGCGGCAUAGUUAUUAGUACAGUGAUGAUGAUUGCCAAUCAUUCUUAUAAUGACAUUACAGCCGAACAUGUGAGAUCGACGAAAACAUAUUUUCAAAAUUUUAAAGGAGAAGAUGGUUAUCCACACAAUAUCGCCAAAAUUUUACAAAUUUUGGAAGAUCUUAAGGAAGCCAACAUGAUUGAAUAUACGAAGACGAUGAAAAGUGACAUAAAACUAAACGAAGAAGAUGAUAAAUUUCAGUAUACAAUGGAAAACAUUGAAAUAGAUGAGCCAGAGAAUGAUGCUAUAGACACAAAAUCCCUUAUCACUCCUCAAUUAGAAGAUCAAAUAGAAUCAGAAAUCCCUAUCAUCCCUCAAUCGGAAGAUGAUACAGAAGUAAAAAUUAUCCAAACGGAAAAAGAGCAAAUUACAGUAAAUAUAAUCGAUAUUGACGAUACGGAAGAGACAAAAGAAGCCGUUGAUGUGAAACCAUAUCUCCAAUGGUAUUCGAUGAUCGAUAUUUCCAGGAUCAUGCCUUUGGUGUAAUAUGGCUACUCUUUUCUAAACAACAAAAAAAAUUUCCAAGUAUUCCUCAAUUACAUUGGUGUUUAAAAUUUUUACAAGAACUGAAAGAUAGUGAUGGCAUAUACACAAAUGACGUUAAUUUGUGCAUUCAAACGGUUCAAGACAAUCUCAUUAAACAAUAUGCCAAAUUGGGAAUUCUUUUAAAAUAUAUAAACAAAAAUGAACAAAAAGAUAAACAGUUAAGUGAACAAGAGUUAAUUAAUAUAGAAGAAAAUAAUAUAUUACCACAAGAAUCUGUACAUAAUGAAUCUGUAAUGAAUAAAACAGAAAAAUCAAUAAUUCCGAAGGACAUUGAAUCAUUAGAUGAUAAUACAAAGUUCUUUAAUGAAGACAUGGUCAGUAAUUAGUAAAUGUAGCUGUAUUAUACUCUUACUAAUUGAUAAAUUACAUGUAUAGAGUAAAAAUUUAAUUAAAUCCACAAACAAGAAUUUGAAUUUUCAACCGUGUGGAACAUUAUGUGAAAGGAAGACAAUGUUGGAAAAACAUGUAUCUAAAAUAAUAAGUUUAACAUAUACUGAAAUGUUGUCAAGAGGUCCAUUUCCUUGCAUUGAACAAAUUAAUCAUAAAUAUAAUAUAUUACUUGAAGCUCAUACUUCUUUUGAUUCACUUAAAAGGUUUAUGGAGGAAUUAAAUUUAUCAAGUAUAAUAACUUAUAUUUUACAUUAUAAUAUAAAAUAUUCAUUCGGUACUUGAUUAUAUAACUUGAUACAGUAAUCUAAAAUAAGCAAAAAACAUUAUCUAUAAAUUACAAUUAAAAUAUUAUUCACAGAAGAAUCUAUUGCAACUAUGAAUAAAAAACAACUAAUCAAAUUGUUUAAUGAUAUAAGGAAGAAAUAUGUGGAAACAAUAAAAAAACAAGUUGAUAAAAUUUAUAGCUUAGAGAAGUAUGAAUUGUAAUUAUAUAAAAUAUUAUAAUUAUUUUUGUAUUACUUUCGUAUUAAACCUAAAAAAAUAUAAAAUUUUCAG